ACAGUCUCGCAAAUAUCUUCUCCAAACCCGUAGCACCUAGCAAGGUAAACCGCUUCAGCAACACUGUAAGUUAGGUCAUCACAGUGCCAGAUAUUAUUUUCAAUUCAGUGCCCAUUUAACACCAUUUGAAACUUGGUUCUGGCAUAUUUGUUCGCAUCAAUCAACACAAGUAGUCUUCAUAAGUUUCAUUCAUCAACAAAAUCACAGCGAAGAUGACUGACACAGAGAUAGAGGGUCCGGGGAGACACGGGAACGGUGAUGUGCUCGCAGAAUCGGCGACAAAAAGAGAUGAUGUGUUUGAUGAAACGUACAAAGAGAAAGAAGGUCCUAAACCUUCAAUGAUAAUCGUGUGGAAAAAUAUCAUAUUGAUGACUUUCUUGCACAUUGGAGCCGUGUACGGCAUCUCCCUCGUCCCAUCUGCUCAUGUUUUGACCUGGGCUUGGUCUGUGUUUUGCUUUUUAACAAGUGCUUUAGGAGUGACUGCGGGGGCUCACCGGCUAUGGAGCCACAGGUCCUACAAGGCCUCGUUACCUCUCAGAAUCUUUCUUGCCACUGCCAACUCCAUGGCCUUUCAGAAUGACAUCUAUGAAUGGGCUCGGGACCACAGAGUUCACCACAAGUUUUCAGAGACCGAUGCCGACCCCCACAACGCCGUCCGAGGGUUCUUCUUCGCCCACAUCGGUUGGCUCCUGGUGCGUAAACACCCGGACGUCAUUGAGAAGGGGAAGAAGCUGGAGCUCAGUGACUUGAAGGCUGACAAAGUUGUCAUGUUCCAGAGGAAGUAUUACAAGAUGUCAGUGGUGCUGAUGUGCUUCUUCAUCCCCAUGUUUGUUCCUUGGUGCCUGUGGGGAGAGAGCCUGUGGUUGGGCUACUUCGUGCCAGGUCUCCUGAGAUACACCCUGGUACUGAACGCUACCUGGCUGGUCAACAGUGCUGCCCACAUGUGGGGCAACCGGCCCUACGACACCAACAUCAACCCCAGAGAGAACAAGUUUGUCACCCUUAGUGCCAUAGGUGAAGGAUUCCAUAACUAUCACCACACAUUUCCUUAUGAUUAUGCAUCGAGUGAGUUUGGCUGCAACCUGAACCUGACCACCUGUUUCAUCGACUUGAUGUGUUUCCUCGGCCUGGCAAAGGACCGCAAGAGAGUGUCCCCUGAACUAGUGCUGGCCCGGGCUCAGCGCACUGGGGACGGAAGCACCCGGAACCGGAGUGGCUAGGAGUUUUUCCCCCAAUCUCAAAAAAGCUCCAAAACAAAACCAAUGUAAAAGAAAAUAUAUAUAAAACCGACAAAAGUUUUAGUUUGCAGUGUAAUUUUGAGAGAUGCUUCUCUAAUCUUGUAGCUACAGUCAAAGCUUCACUCUUCUCCUUUGUGAGCGAUACAUUUCCUCAAAAGUUCUUAAAGAUUCAUGUUCGCUUUUAAAAUAGGGACUUUAAUCACCUCAUGUUCUACUGUUUCAUUUCAACUUCGCUUCAGCAAAUAGUCUGUUGUGUGAAAUGGUACAAAUCUGUCUGUUGCCAAAGCUGGUAUGCUGCCAUUGGUCAAGCCUUCCUCAGUAGGCUGGAGGAGGUUUUCCUGAGCUGUGAAUGCUUCUUCUGCUGCAAUGAUACAUUGAUGUUGCAUAGGCAAUCAAUCCAGAGUUUCUUAAACUGCAGUCAAGUAUUAAAGGAGAGAUUUGAAAAAUAAGAAAGCUUUAAAAAAAAAUAUAAGAAACAUUUUAAACUUGUUGUUGUGACACCUUUAAAUCUCCAUCUUGAAGUGAAGCUGUCUGUCGUGUCCAUAGCUUUCAUGUAAUGUGAGUCAUGUAAGCAAAACAGAUACUUUUCUAGUCUUCAAGUAACUGUCCAGUGAAAAUAUAUAUUUUAAAGUUCAUAUUCUGUUUACUCAUACCCAAAUAAUGUUGCGGACUCGUCCUAUACUUGUAUUUGUGACCAAAGCAUAAAUUGUAAUGAAGAAAAAAACACUUCAAAAACCACACUUCAAACUUGUAUCUCAAACAGACGGUUUAAAAAAUGCUUGCUAUUUCCUCGUAGAGGAUGAUGUUCUGGCCAAUCAGCGGUCUACUCGCGUUAAUACUUUUAAUGACCGGUAUAUACGGCCACCAUUCCGAGGAUGAUGUUCUGGCCAAUCAGCGGUCGACUCGCGUUAAUAUUUUUAAGGACCGGUAUAUACGGCCACACCAUUCCAACACAGAAAAGCUGCUUUUUAACAGACUUAAUUAUUAUUUUUUUAAAUAGGAAGGAAAACUAUUUUACUCAUAUUAUAAUUAAUUACAAGUCACAUUUCAUAAAAAUCUGGAAACAGUGGACAGUUACUUUAAUACUCAAUGAUUACUGGAUAUUAAUAAAGGAAUAGAGUCCUGAAACGUGGAAAACCAUGUUCCAUUUCAUAGAGUAUAUGAGAUUUAUUAGGUUUCAACUGACUUGGUUCUUAUUCAACAUUGUUACAGUUUACAGCAAAGUGUUUAAAUUAUACAGAAGGACUCUUUAGUUUAUUGAGAGGGGUCACAGUGGAACUGAAUAAAGCACAGAUAUGACGGUACUGUCACAAAAAGAGAUUAGAGAUUUUAUACAUUUUAGAAAACAAAUUAAGAAUACAUGCUUUCCCCUCCCUAGAUUUUCAACCAGGUUAGAGCUAAAAAUAUAUAUAUAGUAAAAUAUAUUUUUGAAUGUGCUGUUUCUUAUAGAAGCAGGGCUGACUAACCACAUCUGGGGCCCUAGGCAAGAGUAUCUUGAAGCCCCCUCCCCUCAUGGCAGUGGAGCAAGACAUUUUUAAAGCUAACUUCCUGCAGUUGUACACAUUUUGCCAUGGGGCAGAGAUAAAAAUGUACCGUUUUAAAGCUAAUGGCUCAGUUGGUAAUCCGGCCAUGAAUAUUAAACAGUUCUCUGCCUAUGCCAUGCUACUGUAGGCUGUGUGUACCUUUUUGCAAGAUAUUUGUAGUCUACAGCACUUUUUAAUUUAAUUGACAAAAAGACAACUCAGUAAAAAAUUAUUAGUUGAUAAUAGUUAAAGGUGAAUGUAAAAUGUAGUUGUUAGGAUUAAGGCCAUAAAAUCUACUUCUGAAUCCCUGAAGAGGGACCUGCAGUAUUUCUUUUUAACCUUUAUUUAACUAGGCAAGACAGUUAAGAACAAAUUCUUAUUUUCAGUGACGGCCUAGUGGGUUAACUGCCUUGUUCAGGGGCAGAACGACGGAGUUGUACCUUGUCAGCUCGGGGAUUUGAUCUAGCAACCUUUCAGAUACUGGCCCAACGUUCUAACCACUAGGCUCCCUGCCCCAGUAUCCCCAGUAUCAUAACAUUUAACUUAUUGAUAACACGGUUAUAUAAGGAGCUAAUCCACAUUUAGUUUAAAACAUUCACCAACUACUAUACGGUACAUUUCUUCCAUACCUUCCUCUCUGCCAUAACAUGAAAAUGUCGGUUGAUUUUCUCGUAAUAUUUGAUAAUAAAUCUAACUGCCAAAAUAAUAACACUUGAGUAAAUGAGGGAUACAAAGUGUAUUGAAGCAGGUGCUUCCACACAGGUGUGGUUUCCUGAGUUAAUUAAGCAAUUAACAUCUCAUUAUGCUUAGGGUCAUGCAUAAAAAUGCUGGGCAGGCCAUUAUUAUGGUUACCAUGGCUAUGUCCCCAUAGUAUGACAAUGCCCCCAUCCACAGGGCACGAGUGUUUUGAUGAGCAUGAAAACGAUGUAAACCAUAUACCAUGGCCGUCUCAGUCACCAGAUCUCAACCCAAUUGAACACUUAUGGGAGAUUCGGGAAGCGGCACCUCGUUUUACACCACCGCCAACAAAACACCAACUGGUGGAAUUUCUCCUGGAAGAAGGGUGUCGCAUCCCUCCAACAGAGUUCCAGACACUUGUAGAAUCUAUGCCAAGGGGGAAGCUGUUCUGGCUCGUGGUGGGCCAGCGUCCUAUUAAGACGAUGUUGGUGUUGCUUUUAUUCAGUCAGUUACCUCUAUGUACCCAUAAUGUGCCGUUGGUUGGACAUGUCUAGUGCAGCCAUACCAUAGAGUCAUUAUUACCCCCUUGUAGCUGGAUAAUGCUGUUUAGCAAGCUCCUUAGGUCAUAAGAUUGUACAAGAUUUUUAAACGUUUUCAGACAUUUAGCAGACGCUCUUAUCCAGAGCAACUUACAGGAGCAAUUAGGGUUAAGUGCCUUGCUCAAGGGCACAGAGGCAUAUAUUUCUUUCGCCUAGUCGGGACUGGGAUUUGAACCAUUGACCUUUCGGUUACUGGGCCAACGCUUAAAAGUGUGGUCUUUGUCAUCACCUAAACAACUGCCCUGAUUUCCCUGACACUAGCUAAAUAAAGUCAAUUAGUUGUUACCUGAGACAGUCGUAUAGCAUGCAAAAGAUAACAUUGACAGGAAGGCAUUCUUGGUGAUGUGUAUUCCUCAGUGAGGUAGUAACACAUGCAGUAAGCCCAGGUGUUAUUUGGUCAAUAGAAGAACCUUUGGAUGUUCUACAGAGGCUCAGAUUGUGACUUAGGAGAUUGUUCAGUAGGGGAGUUACUUUUCAUUCAACUUGAUUCUGUUUGUAUGUUAACUUGACAAAAAUGUUCUGUAUGCAUUUAUUGUGUAUCUUUUGCCAUUGUGGUUUUCAUUUACUGAAAGAAAAUGGCAUGAAAAUGUAUUGCUUUUAGUACUUUUUUCCUUUGGCAAUUGCACAGGACUUCUAAAAUGGACAGAAUUAUUUGAGCACCUUUUUAAUCGAUUUUAAAGGUCGAAUGCAGCUAUUUUUAUCGCAAUAUCUAUCAUUUUUGGGUAACAAUUGAGUACCUUAAUGUGAUUGUUUUCAAUUAAAAUGGUCAAAAAGAAACAACAAAAAUAGCUUUGUAGCAAAGAGACAUUUCUCAAGGAAAUGUUUAGCUAGAAUUGUCUGGAAGUGGUCUGAGUGGGGAGGGGAAAGUGAAAACUAGCUGUUAUUGGCAGAGAGGUUUGGAACUCUCUUUCUUAUUGGUCUAUUAACAAAUCAUUUACUACAUGGUGAUGUCACCAUGUAAGGCCAAAACUCCCUCUCACCAAAACAGGCUGAAAUUUCAGGCAGUCUUUUCAAACAGCUCUUACACUAAAAGGAAAUAUAUAUGUAAAACACAGGAAAUCACGUUGUUGACCGUACCGGACCUUUAAAAAGACUGAGUCAGGAUACUCUACUACUGCCCAAUGCCUUAUGACUACUUCAAUCCAUUCCUGAUCCUUUCUGUGUUCACAUCCCAUUUAGUUUUGUUAAAAACAGCCAAAGUGAAAGGCAGAAAUUACAUGUACCACAAUGCAGAUCUAAGUGUUUUAGUUCCAUCAGAUAUGAAUAAAUUGGUGGUUUACUGUAUUUAAUGUACUUUAGUGGACAAUGGCCGAGUCCGAUAGACGUGCCAACCUGAAGGAGGGAUACAGAGACAGGACAUGGCAUCUGCAUGGAACUUUUGAACAAAAAGGGGCUUUAAUGUCUGGUCCCAGUUCCAGAUCGGUGUGUGCUGUAUAUUAAAACAGCUGUAGGAGUUGGCUAUACAGCGCACAUUGAUCUGGGAACAGGAUACUUUAAUGUGAAAUGCUAGUGAGAACUAAUCGUAGAGUUUACUGAACUCUGAAUUAUUACAAGUCAUUCAAAUACUUCUCUUGCUGUAUUAUACAACGAUCCCAAAAUAAAUAUUGUUAAUUCUGUCCUGUUGAGGGAAGCAAAACUGUUAUCAUUCUUAUGUUCUGGUAUAUGUAAAAUGUGAAAUAUAUUCUGAAGUAAAAUUCAGAGAUAUUUUCAAUAAAUGUAUAAUUAAAUGAAUUGUUGUUGCUCUACUGUUUGCAGUGCAGUUAUUUUUCCAGUAUUCUUGAAAUGCCUUAGCAACAGUCUGACACAUUUUGCGAGGAAUGUUGUAAUGCACUGUAAACAGAAGAUUUUCUACAGGUGGGAAAUAUACUGUGUUGAAGAUACUGUAUGUUCCUGUAUUUAAAUGCCACAUUGAUAUGAAUUAAUAUAUUGUUCAAAUGCCCAGUCAAAUAAAAAUACAUUGUACCUUU